AUGGAGGUCAUGAAGAGCCAUGGCUCGCGAUGUCUUUUCUUCCUGGGCUUCAUCGUGGGAUUCUGCACCCUCUACCUCCUGCAGCAGGUGUGGUUUGCACAAGCUUUCUCCUGGAGAAGCAAUGGCGGUCCCAGUCCCAGUCCCAGCGCCAGCAGCGGCAGUCACAGCAGCAACAUCACAAACCAUAUAGCUGGGUCUCUUACCGUCCAAAAAGGGCCUAAUCGUCCGGGAGAAGACAGCCAUGUAGCGGACGAGCUGUACAAGAAAGUGCGUAUUCUCUGCUGGGUGAUGACGGCACCCAAGAACCAUCAGACCAAAGCUCGCCAUGUGAAGGCCACGUGGAGCCGCCGCUGCAACCGGGUGGUCUUCAUGAGCUCCGUAAAUGACCCAAUUCUGCCGGCUGUAGGCCUGGGCACUGGGGAAGGACGACACAAGCUCUACUGGAAGACCAUCCGCGCCUUCCGCUAUGUCCUGGAGAAGCACGGUGAUGAGGCCGACUGGUUCCUCAAGGCUGACGACGACACCUUUGUGGCGGUGGACAACCUGCGCUGGAUCCUCUCCAAUCACACGCCAGCACAGCCCGUAUACUUCGGCAAACACUUCAAGCUCCACGUCAAGCAAGGCUUCCUGAGUGGCGGCGCGGGCUAUGUCCUAAGCAAGGAAGCAUUACAGCGCUAUGUGAAGGCCUUCCGCACCAAAGUGUGCACCCACACCUCGCCCGAGGAGGACGUGGCUUUGGCCCGGUGUAUGGAGAAGAUCGGGGUUCGGCCAGGGGAUUCCAGGGACACACUGCACCGAGACACGUUUCACCCCCUCGCCCCUGAGUUUCAUCUGACGAGAAAAUUCGACAAGACUCACUGGUACUGGAUGGAAAAUUUCUACCGUCCUGCGGAGGGUCCCCAGUGCUGCUCUGACUUGGCCGUAUCCUUCCACUACGUGGACAGUGUCCUCAUGCACACUCUGGAGUACUUCACCUACCACCUGCGGCCCUGGGGCUACCGCUAUCGCUACCGGCCGUCCCCGUCCCUGCCCUUGGUCCUUGCUGGGCGUAGUCAACCCGGCGUGCUGGAGGCAGAGGUGGGCGCGGUGCUGCCCGCAGCAGGAGCCGUGUGUCACGGGGGAGAGGAGCUGCGCGUAAUGGCGUAA